AUGAUCGACAUUUUUUUCUCUCGCUCUCUCUCUCUCUUUCGAUUUUGUCUUCAAGUUUCUAUAGACCCUGUUCCCAUCUAUCUAUCUGAUUGUGUUCCUAUCUAUCUAUCUAUCUAUCUAUCUAUCUAUCUAUCUUAUUUUGUUCUUAUCUAUCUAUCUAUCUAUCUAUCUAUCUAUCUAUCUAUCUAUCUCAUUGUGUUCCUAUCUAUCUAUCUAUCUAUCUAUCUAUCUAUCUAUCUAUCUCAUUGUGUUCCUAUCUAUCUAUCUAUCUAUCUAUCUAUCUAUCUAUCUAUCUAUCUAUCUUAUUUUGUUCUUAUCUAUCUAUCUAUCUAUCUAUCUAUCUAUCUAUCUAUCUAUCUAUCUAUAUAUAUAUAUGUUCUUUUCUCACUCAUUCAACCAAAAUUACAUUUUGUCUCGUACCAUUUUCUGCGCAUAUCUUUCAAAUCGCCUUUAAUUUUUGUCUCGUUCCUUCCGCCAUCUUUCUUUUUAAUCGAAAUCCCACAACGUCUUUCAUUUCAAUCCCCCAGCGUCUUUAUUUAUUUUUUUUUGCUUCAUUCGUCCAACGUCUUUCUUUUUUGUCUCGUUACUUCAACUGUCAUUCUUUUUUUACGGUCUCGUUCCUACAACUACCUUUGUUCUUUGUCCCGUUCCUUCAAAUGCCUUUCUUCUUUGUUUCGUUGCUUCAAAUGCCUUUCUUCUUUGUCUCCUUCAUUCAACUGCCUUUCUCCUUUGUCUCCUUCAUUCAACUGCCUUUCUUCUUUGUCUCGUUCCUUCAACUGCCUUUCUUCUUUGUCUCGUUCCUUCAAAUGCCUGUCUUCUUUGUCUCCUUUAUUCAACUGCCUUUCUUCUUUGUCUCCUUCAUUCAACUGCCUUUCUCCUUUGUCUCGUUCCUUCAACACUCUGUCUUCUUUGUCUCUUUCCUUCAAAUGCCUGUCUUCUUUGUCUCCUUUAUUCAACUGCCUUUCUUCUUUGUCUCCUUCAUUCAACUGCCUUCCCUCUUGGUCUCGUUCCUUCAACUGCCUUUCUUCUUUACCUCGUUCCUUCAACACCCUUUCUUCUUUGUCUCGUUCAUUCAACUGCCUUUCUUCUUUGUCUCGUUCAUUCGUUCAUUUUUUGUCUCGUUCCUUUCUUUUUUUUGUCUUGUUCAUUCAACACUCUUUCUUCUUUUGUCUCCUUCCUUUUCUUUCUUCUUUGUCUCGUUCUUGUUCAUUCUUUUGUCUCUCAUUCAACUUCUUUCUUUUUUGUCUCGUUCCUUCAAUUGCCUUUCUUCUUUGUCUUGUUCAUUCAACACUCUUUCUUCUUUGUCUCCUUCAUUCAACUGCCUUUCUUCUUUGUCUCGUUCAUUCAACUGCCUUUCUUUUUUGUCUCCUUCCUUCAACUGCCUUUCUUCUUUGUCUUGUUCUUUCCACGUCAUUUCUUCUCUGUUUCGUUCCUUCGACACCCUUUCUUCUUUGUCUCUUUCCUUCAAAUGCCUUUCUUUGUCUCUUUCCUUCAAAUGCCUUUCUUUGUCUCUUUCCUUCAAAUGCCUUUCUUUGUCUCUUUCUUUCAACUGCCUUUCAUUGUCUCGUUCCUUCAACUGCCUUUCUUCUUUGUCUUCUUCCUUCACCUGUCUUUCUUCUGUGUCUCUUUCCUCCGCCCGUCUUUCGUUUUUUUUUCAUUCCUUCAACAGUCGUUUUUUUCGUCUCAAUCCAUCAACGUUUUUCUUUUUCGUCUCAUUCCUUCAAUCAUCUCUUUUUUUUCUUUCAUUCCUUCACCGUAGUUCUUUUUUAUCCUGCUCCUUCCACCGUCUUUCUUUUUCGUUUCGUUUCUUCAACCUUCUUUAUUUUUAGUCACAUUCCUUCAAUCUUCUUUCUUUUUUUUCUUUUAUUUCUUCGCCGUUUUUAUUUUUAUUUUCAAUCUCUCAUCAUCUUUCUUUUUAUUCCAAUUCUUUCAAACGUCUUUCUUUUUUCUUUCAUUCCUUCAAUCUUUUUUCUUUUAACUUUCAUUGUUUCAACCCUCUUUCUUUCUUGUUUCAUUCCUUCAACCGUCUUUCUUUGUUGUUUCAUUCCUUCAAAAAUCUUUCUUUUUUCUUCUGCUACUACAAACGUCUUUCUUUCUUGUUUCAUUCCUUCAACCGUCUUUCUUUUUUGUUUCAUUCUUUCAAUCUUCUUUAUUUUUGUUUUAUUUGUUCGAGCGUUUUUCUUUUUAUUCUCAAUCACUCAACGUCUUUCUUUUUAUUCGAAUUCCUUCAAACGUUUUUCUUUUCUUGUUUCAUUCCUUCAACAGUCUUUCUUUUUUUUUCAUUCCUCCAAAAAUCUUUCUUUUUUCUCAUGCUACUUGAAACGUCUUUGUUUCUUUCUUUUUUUUUUUUUUGCUUUGUUCCUUCAUCUGACUUUCAUUUUUGUUUCAUUCCUUCAACCGUCUCUCUUUUCUGCUUCAUCAGUUCAAAAAUCUUUCAUUUUUCUCCUGCUGCUUCAAAUGUCUUCCUUUUUUGUUUCAUUCCUUCAACCGUCUUUCUUUUUGCUUCAUUCCUUCAAAAAUCUUACUUUUUUCUCCAUCUACUACAAACGUCUUUCUUUCUUGUUUCGUUCCUUCAAACCUCUUUCUUUCUUGUUUAAUUCCUUCAAGCGUCUUUCUUUUCUGCGUCAUUCAUUCAAAAAUCUUUCUUUUUUUUUCUCUUGCUGCUUCAAACGUCUUUAUUUCUUGUUUCUUUAUUUCAACCGUCUUUCUUUUUUGUUUAAUUCCUUCAUCUGUCUUUCUUUUUUGCUUCGUUCCUUCAACCGUCAUUUUUUGUUUCAUUCCUUUAAAAAUCUUUCUUUUUUUCUCCUGCUACUUGAAACGUCUUUCUUUUUUGUUUCGUUCCUUCAACCGUCUUUUUUGGGUUUCAUUCCUUCAAUUUUCUUUCUUUUUGUUUCAUUCCUUCAAUUUUCUUUCUUUUUCUUUCAUUCCUUCAAACGUCUUUCUUUUUUGUUUCAUUCUUUAAACGUCUUUCUUUUGUUUCAUUCCUUCAAUUUUUUUCUUUUUGUUUCAUUCCUUCAAACGUCUUUCUUUUUUGUUUCAUUCUUUAAACGUCUUUCUUUUGUUUCAUUCCUUCAUUUUUCUUUCUUUUUCUUUCAUUCCUUCAAUUUUCUUUCUUUUUCUUUCAUUCCUUCAAUCGUCAUUCUUUUUUGUUUCAUUCCUUCAUUUUUCUUUCUUUUUUGUUUCAUUCCUUCAAAUUUCUUUCUUUUCUUUCAUUCCUUCAAACGUCUUUCUUUUUUGUUUCAUUUAUUCAAUUUUCUUUCUUUUUCUUUCAUUCCUUCAAUUUUCUUUCUUUUUCUUUCAUUCCUUCAUUUUUCUUUCUUUUUGGUUUCAUUCCUUCAUUUUUCUUUCUUUUUCUUUCAUUCCUUCAAUCGUCAUUCUUUUUUGUUUCAUUCCUUCAUUUUUCUUUCUUUUUUGUUUCAUUCCUUCAUUUUUCUUUCUUUUUCUUUUAUUCCUUCAAUUUUCUUUCUUUUUCUUUCAUUCCUUCAAUCGUCAUUCUUUUUUGUUUCAUUCCUUCAUUUUUCUUUCUUUUUGUUUCAUUCCUUCAUUUUUCUUUCUUUUUCUUUCAUUCCUUCAAUCGUCAUUCUUUUUUGUUUCAUUCCUUCAUUUUUCUUUCUUUUUGUUUCAUUCCUUCAAUCUUCUUUCUUUUUGCUUCAUUCCUUCAAACGUCAUUCUUUUUUAUUCCAUUCCCUCAAUUUUCUUUCUUUUUGUUUCAUUCUUUCAAACAUCUUUCUUUUUAGUCUCAUUCCUUCAACCAUCUUCCCUUUUUGCUCCUAUCAUUACACUUUGCCUUCUUCGACAGUGUGA